AUGACGCACUGGCUGCUCGAGGAGUGCGGUGGUCGUUGUGAGUCAAUGGUGCUCAAGAAAACAAACGCAAAUGCACCAGGAGUGUGGAAGUAUCGCAAAGAGCACCGGAGGCUUCAGGGGAAAUCGCGCAAAGAAGAUGUUUUGAGGGUUUUGGUGAUCGCGGCCGAGGUCAAGGUGACACUGGUGUCUGAGCUGCCCCGUUCCGAUUUAAGCCGCCAAUUUGGUACUGCCGGGAGACCCUCCUUCACCGAAUUUCUUAAGGCCUGUGCUGGUCAAGCCGAACCGUAA